AUGCAGAUGGAGAAACUGAAAGAAAUCAAGGACUACGUCAAUCCUCAUACUCGACCACAUAUUGAAUUGUAUUCUAUCUGCAGUACUCGAGUCAGUGAACCAUAUCACUCAAAAAAGUGGGUAUACGAGACAGUGCCAGAGCUACAAGCCCCUAUUGAUGGACCAUUGAUAGAGGUUCACACUGGUGAGCUCAAGUCCAACUACUAUGACCUCAGUGCAAUGAGUGUAGUCUGUGAUCUAUCUGGACCGCUUCCACAAGGUAUUUACAUUGGCCUCAACCCACUACGUGAGAUCGCCAAAGGACGAUGCAUGUAUACGAGCUUUAUAAAGCCUUGGGGAGAUGAUGUCUCAGGAAAUCGCAGCAAACAAUAUAAUGACCAUACCAAUGUGUAUCUGGUAUAUGCAAAUCUGCCACACAUGAAGCUAUCACAGGAGUACUUUGUACACUUCCUGUCCAUGUCACAGCAUGCAUGUGCCGGUGAACAAUUCGAUAAUAUAUGGCAUGAAGCUUACGACUAUGAAAUCAAAGAAGAAGUGCUGUCAGAAAUUUGCUCACAUGUUGGCCUGAAAGGGACAGAACUGGAGCAAGAAUCAGAUCAGAAAUACCAUGAACACUUCUCGCCUGGCCCUCUGCGCAAAGUAGAACAUACCAAAAAGGAAGUGCUUCAGCAACUUCACCUGGUGGCACUUGGCAUGGCAUCUGCAGUUGCAACAAGACAGACUGCAUCGGGUGUCAAGGACAAGGUUGCCGAGCAUUGGAUCCAGACUCUCAUCACAAGUGCUCGUGAUCAACAGCAGAUUCAGAUCCACAAUGCUGCAACCAGAGACAGAUGCAUUAGCAAUCACUAUAGUUCCCUGUUAGAGCUCGACAUCUGCCUGAGCUGUUCUACCACAACUGUUGAUGUGCAUCAAGACAUGCCACAAUGUGAUCUUUUCGCAGUCUGCUUGCAAGCGUCUUCAGUGGAUGGACUGAACAUUCUUCCACUUCGUGCCACUUACAUGGUUCAAUAUAGGAAUAAUCUGAUAGGAAAGCACUUCAAAGCAUUGCAACAGCUCAGAUUUUUUUACUUACAUGAAAAUCUGUGUCCUCCACUCAUUCUGGACAUUUGGCGAGUGACUAGAGAGCUUGGUGCUCUACUGUGGUAUCAUGAGAUUGAGGAUAUGGAUGCUUAUCUCACAUUAAUCGACAACGUUCUCGAUAUCUGGGCCUCAAUCGACUCACGGCGUAUCUUCGUCAAGCCAAAGCUGCACAUUCUCGCACACCUGGUUGAAGACGUGCACCGACAUGGCCCACCUAUCUUAUAUUCGACCGAAAUUUUUGAAUGCUACAAUGCCAUCUUCCGCAUGUGCAGCAUUUUGUCCAAUCACCAGGCACUCAGUCGUGAUAUUGUGUGGGCUUGCGCUGAGAUGGACCGCUUCAAGCACAUCAUCAGCAGUGGCUGGUGGAAGGAUCCAUCCCAGCAUCGCUUCAUGCAGGCUGGAGAAUGCGUCCGAGAGUACUUCAGCGACAAGCAUAUCCAAUGUUGGCUCGGAUUUAUGCAAGAAUACAUAGGUCAACCAGAGUCCCUGCGAAGCUCUUUCGCAUCUCACUCUACAUGGAUCUGCGGCCUGUCUGUGGUAGCCCAGAAUAAUGACAACUGUCACAUUGGCUCAUGGGCAUUUGCUGCUCACAAUCAUGAUGAUACCGUCUUGAUGGGGCAUAUCAUCGAAAUCUUGCAAGCUACAAUGCCAGGGCUGGAUGCAUGCAACUGCAUCAUCAUGGAAGCCUUUAUUGUCCUCAAUAGCCGUCAUCCAUAUUAUAACAUGUCAGAGUUAAAGCUGGAUAGUCUCAUAGUGAUAGAUCCUAUGUCAAUAUGCUGUGUGGUCAAUGUCCAACACAACUGCUAUGAUGCAAAAUGCGGUGCGACAGGACACCAUCAACAGAUGCAAGAGCGCACAGUGAUGGACAUUCACGACACAAUCUGGCAACAUCGCGACACAGAUUCCUAUAUCAUCAAUCUCCAUGCACUUCAUAAUGCUGCCCUCAUUCGGCGAUACCUUCUGUGA